CUGGUGGAUUACAUUUCUGCAGUUUGCUUGACGAGAAAUGCCUGGAAUGUUUACCCCCUGCUGCAGGUUAUGUUCUCUGCAAGCCAACAAAAACAAGCCAGGAGUGAAAGAGUUAAUGAAAGUGGAAGUGGAGAGCCAUGUCUCCUCCUUCCUGCGCGCGCGCCCUCUCUCUCGCUCUUUCUGUCUGGGCCCAUCCUUCUAAAAGUUCCUGAUCCUCGAACCGAAUCAGGCACCAAGGAAAUCCUCAUCAAAGAUCCUUAAAUCUCUGAGGAGUUUGGUUUAUAAACGAAGCUCUCGAGUUUAGGAAGAGGAACCCGGAAGUGAUGCAGAGAUUUCCGGUGAUGGAUUGUAACAAAGUACAAGUACUUUGAUACUGAACACUUUGACCUCAAAGCGGGUUUAACUGAAGUUUUGCUAAAGCAAGAUGCGCUCCAGUGAAAAUGGACCUCCGUGCUCCCCAAACGGCGAAGGAGUUAACAGCAACGGCGGCAACAACAACAGCAACAACAACAUGCCCCGAGCCAGAAGCGAGAUCAGAGGCAACUCGGGUUCCCAGUAUGCGGUGUGCGCUCUGGGAGUUGGUCUGAUAGCUCUGGGCGUCGUGAUGAUCGUGUGGAGUGUGGUGCCCUCGGAAACAUCUGGUAAUAACAGCAGCUCCGGUUCGGGGGGGAAUAGUUCCAUUGAUAGCAGGAGGAAUAAAGCAUCCUCUGUGGCCUUUGUGCUGGCGGGCUCCGGCGUGGCAAUGCUGCUGUUGUCGUUGUGUCUGGGAAUGAGGAACAAGCAGCGCGAGCAGCUGAGGCUCCAGGAGCUCCAGAACCAGAGGGAAGCAGCAGCACGGGAGCAGGAGCAGAGAGAAACAACUGAGGAACAAGCCCGGCGCUAUGCCGUACCCACCUAUGAGGAAGCAGUAGGCAGUGGGCAGUACCCCUUGCGUCAGAGCAACCUGCGCCCCAGCUUCUCCCAGCUGCCGUCCUACGAUGAACUGGUCCAAGUCGACGGUGUGCAAUAUGAGAACGAAGGUUCCGAUGUCACGACGCAGUCUUCAGGUGCUCCCGAUGAUCCCGUGUCUACGACAAAUAACAGACCUGAGAAAAAUAGCCUGAAGCUUCUACCCAUCAAACUCCGGAGGAUUAAGUCGGAGAAGCUGCCCGAGAAAAGCGCUGACGUCUCUCAGCCAACGAUGGACAUCGGUAUUGAACCUCUUACCCCACCGCCACAGUACGAUGAUAAGGUGCCUCCGCUUUAGUACCAGCUGUUUGAAACAGCUUGGUGAAAUUCCUGGAAUACUCCGUGAUCUACUGUUAUGGAUCGGGAUUUGUCUUACCACGCCAAGGACCGAUAAUGUUUCUUGCUACAUGAUUUGUUGUGUUUCGUUAUGAACCACGAUAUCUGUUCAGAUUCAUCACCGUACCCUCACAACAUCAUAGUAGAGAAGAGAAGAAUCCUUUUCCUUUACUCUUGGUCUGACUGGAUGAUGAUGGUGAUGGUGAUGGUGAUGAUGAUGAUGAUGAUGAUGGAUGCAUUGCUCUGUGGGGACUGAUUUGGUCACACUGAAGUAAAGGCGUUCCUCACUUUGUCGAAGGUUUCUGUUAAAACACAACGAAACCCGUCUCCACUGUGCACUGAUUUUCCGGGUGAGUUGGUGACACGCCAUCGGAGGGACAGCUGCAUCGAGGACUUGCGCGCUCAUCUGAGGCUCGUAAACAUGGAGUAUUGGCUGAAUGGAUUUAGCUGUUCUGAAAUGAUGAAAACCUGUGGAUUAUCCAACUUUUAGUCUCCUUGUUGGAGUUUCAUCCCCAGAGAGAAACUGCAAGGCUAGCUGUUCAAAUGCCACCUGAAAAAAUGUGGCACUGUUGGCGUUUAAAGUUAUAAAAUGAGUUUCCAUCUGAAACAUCUGAGUUUGAGAUCAUUUGUGGCUACUAGAUGAUUGUAGAUGUUUAACUUUGUACUCAUCUCUGAUUUUAUGUGCAUUCCAGCGUUAAACAGCUGAGUCUACACCUCAUUUAUUUACUCUUGAGCUGCUUCAGGAGUCCUCCGUUUAGAUAUUUAAUCCAAUGUAGGCAAAUAAAAACACAAAGUUCCGCUUAAACAGGAUUGACGUUUAACAUCGUUGGCGUUUUACGAGCAGAAUCGUUUUUUUAGAUCGUAACAGUUGCUAACCUUAUUGGAAACCAAAAUCAUAGGCAGAAACAAUUUUCAUUUUGAAGACCGAAUUCCCUUUAGUUGUGCACUCUAAACCACUCAUGGUGUUCUUUCAGAGGAAUGCCCCUUCCACUUUUACUAAUGGUCACAAAAGAAUGUACAUGUGAGUGUGUUUAGAGGUCUUGUAGUUGCUCAGUGGUUGUGGUGAGUUGUGAAAGCACCAGUGCUUCACGGGGGCUGGUUUUUUUUUUUCGCCCUGGAUGACCAACAGAAAGACCCUUUGAGCGUGCAUCUGCACCACAACAGCAGCUGCUCCCAGCGUUCCCAGCAUCAUCCCUAAAACUGCAGCUGGAGCUGCUGCCUUGUUUAACUAUGAAAGUAUGUGGAGAAGACGCAGGAAAUGAACCGUCUGCUUUAGGCUUUGUUCAGAGAACUUCGUGUUACAUCAGCAUCAAUACUCUUAUUAUCACUACUUGACAGGAUGGUAUUUUUACCUUAGAUAUGGAAAGCUGAAGGCGGACAUUCAGGAAUAUUUUUUUCCUCAGUACAGUUAUUCCUUUUCAAGGUCCACAGCUUAUUUUUAUUAUUUUUUUGUAAUAAACACUUUUCACUAGUGAUGUUGUUUGGAAGCCACUCUUCUGAACUGUCAGUGGCACUCGGCCACGUUUCUCAGAUCCAAGCUGAAGCUCAGAGGAACAAAUCUUGGCAUUUAUUUUAUAAAAUGUUUUACAUUGUCGAUAGUGUUUUAUUAAUAGGAGUCUAUUUCUGUAUCUUUUUCAGUGAAUUUGUUUUGUUUAAAGUAGCAUUUAAAAUGUUGCAUUUCUACAGUAUGUCUAUGUGAAAAUGUGCUUUUCUAAAUCUUUUUGUAUCAGUGAGUUUAGUUUUUGCAGAAGUCUGAAAAAACAUUGUCAUGAAUAUUUAUAAUAAAUAAAAAUGUCGUUUUUAAGCA